GCGAGAGCGCAGUGGUGAGUUGGCCACGGAGGCAGCGGGCGCGCUCAGCCCCAGCAACGGCCCCUGCGCGCCACCAGCACCGGCACCAACCAGCAGCUGGAGAUGACCGAGGCGCUGCUGCCCACCGGCUGUCCGGCCGCGGACCAGAGGGGCGCCUGCUAUUUCCGCAAGGGAUGCAACCCCCUCGCAGAGACCGGGCGGAGUAAAUUGCAAAAUCGGAGAGCCGUCCUGAACCAGCAGAUUCUGAAAGCAGUAAGGAUGAGAGCUGGCGCGGAAAACCUCCUCCGUGCGACGACCAGCUCCAAAGUGCGAGAACAGGUGCUGCUGGAACUCAGUUACGUCAAUUCAAACCUGCAGAUCCUCAAGGAAGAGUUAGAAGGACUCAACAUCUCCGUCGAGGUGUAUCAGAACACUGAGGAAGCAUUUAGUAUUCCUCUGAUACCACUUGGCCUGAAAGAGACCAAAGACGUGGACUUUGCAGUUCCCCUCAAGGACUUUAUUCAGGAACACUACAGUGAAGAUGGUGCAGAAUAUGAAAAUGAAAUUGCAGAUCUUAUGGAUUUAAGACAAGCCUGCCGGACCCCCAGCAGAGAUGAAUCUGGAGUUGAGAUGCUGAUGAGCUAUUAUGUACAGCUUGGCUUUGUAGAGAAUCGGUUCUUCUCACCUAGCAGAAACCUGGGCAUUUUAUAUACUUGGUAUGACUCUUUCACGGGAGUCCCCGUUUGUCAGAAGAAUUUGUUGCUUGAAAAAGCCAGUAUUUUAUUUAAUAUUGGAGCUCUUUACACACAGAUUGGUACAAGAUGCAAUCGGCAAACUGAAGCUGGGCUUCAAAAGGCAAUCAAUGCUUUUCUGAGGGCAGCAGGAGUUCUAAACUAUCUAAAAGAAACUUUUACUCACACUCCAAGUUAUGACAUGAGCCCUGCCAUGUUGAGUGUGCUGGUCAAGAUGAUGCUUGCUCAAGCUCAGGAGUGCGUCUUUGAACAAAUCUGCCUUCCUAGGAUACGGAAUGAAUUUUUCACGCUUAUAAAAAUGGCCCAGGAAGUUGCGAAGGUUGCAGAGAUGUACAUGCUUGUGGACACAGCUAUGAGUCAAGCACCAGUCAAGGAGAACAUCCCUUACUCUUGGUCAAAACUGGCCCAAGUUAAAUCGGAUCAUUUCAGAGCCCUGGCGCAUUAUUUUGUUGCAACUUUGUUGAGCGACCACCAAUUACAUCAGAAGGAUGAUGAAGAUCAACAGGAAAAGGUUUUUGGCCAGCUGUACGACCACAUGCCUGAAGGGAUGACACCCUUAGCUGUCUUAAGAGAUAGAAGCCAGCGUAAACAACUAGGAAGAGUUCAUUUGCACAGAGCCGUCAUUUAUCACGAAGAAGCCUUAAGAGUUUGCAGCUUAUGCAAAAAGCUCCGGAAUAUAGAGAUCCUCCAGGAGAUUUUAUCUGUUGCACACAAGCAGUCCCUUCUCAAAUAUACCCAGCAGCAGCAGAAAGAUGACUUCUUUAGUUUGGUGCAGGCGCCCGAUAUCCUUUCCAAGACAAAUCACAAAAUAGAACCGAUUGCUCCUCUGUUCUCCAACGUGAAAGUGAGAGACUUCUUUGAAAGGCUGGGUCCACUUACAGUGUUUUCAGCCAAGCAGAGGUGGACACCACCUCGUAUAAUUCAUUUCUGCUGUGAAGAAGACACGUUGGGGUUUACUCUCAAAGGAGGCCCACCAGUACACGUUGACUGCCUUGACCCAGCUUCUCCUGCAGCAGUGGCAGGUUUGAAAGAAGGAGACACAGUGGUCGCUGUUGAAGGCAUGGAUUGCAAAUGGUUGGGAACAAGUGACGUCUUGGAAAAACUCCAGAAUCUGAAAGAGCAAGAGAUUGAGAUCCAAGUGAUCAGCUGUCAAGAAUCUACACCUUCCUUGCAUAACAAAAGUGCCACUUACUCCGCGGGAAUGCAGAAAACGUACUCCCUGAUAUGUCUGGCCAUGGAAGAAGAUAGAACCGACAAAGCCAAGAAGGUGACUUCUAAACCAUCCUUCUUGAGUUGGGGCACCAAAAACAGGCAGAAAGCUGCUAGCACGCUCUGCCUGCCUUCGGUUGUAAGUGGAAGCUCUACAAUUAAGAAGAAACUGGCGUCUCCAUUCACGUUCUUCAGUACGGAUAGCUCAUUGUACUAGGACUUGGAAACCAAGGGCUCUCUCACACAGAAAGGGUCCCUCAGCGGGUGUUGUAAAUUCAACAUGUAGCCUUUAGGAGUCCAGAGCUGAGUAGCCUCGAUUUACAGUAACAACUACCCACUCAAAGCUGGCUCCGAUUGUACAACUCUCAAGGAUCUGAACGUUUUGGAAAUACUUUGUGCAGAAAGCAUCAGGCGCUGACGUGCUCCUGGACUCCUUCUGUACAGGUUUCUGGCUUAGUUAUGAUCUAUCUUGGGAGACCACAGAAUGGUUUUGCAGUGUGUAAUAUUUGCUCUUCUGGUACAAAGACUGAUUUUUUUGUUUAAAAAAUGUGAAUGCAUAACAUAGUAAUGCCCCAUGGCUGACCAUCCCAUCUACCUUGGGAGAAGUAAUGGAAUUGAAUGGUUCUACUAACAGGACCACAAUGGUUCAGAAUCAGAGGUGACUUCCUUGCUAAUUACUUUGAAUCCCAAUAAAUGAGAAACAGGUUGUAGAGCAGUUAGUAAUGUUGUGUGAGUUUGCAAUGUACCCAGCUGGUCAGAACCAAACUCUUAAAUAAAUUAUUGAAGGUCCAGGUGGUGCAAAGGAAACAGGGAAACUGAAUAAAUCUUAUGGGGUGGAGGCAAUGCCACAGUUUAAGGUUUUAAAAUCCUAUUUUCUACCCUGCUUUGAGAUGCUGUAAACAAAAGGAACAAUUUUUAAAAGGUAAAUAACAUUGCUCAGUGCCUGGGACUGGGAACAGGUGGGAGAAGACUUCUGACACUUGUUCUCCUCGGGUCCAGAUUUCGCACAAAAGAAUUGCGGAUACCAGCAUCCAGGCCUAUCACUGAAGCCUUCCAUGGACUCAGGGUUAAAUCUACCACAAGCAACCAGCGUUUGCAUUUUCUGGUGUUCCAGAUGUUCCUGGGAUUGCAGUUCCCAGAAUUUCCCACACUAAAUGAAAGCAUUUCACCUACCACCUGGAGAAGCCAUCCAUCGACAGGGCACCAGAUGCUUCAGAAAGUAAUCUGCCAAGGACAGCCUCAAAACCAACCUUGGCCCUGGUGCCUUUAAGCAUCACAGGAUGGAUCCACCAAAGAACAGCUUCUGUAUUGCAAGAUCUUAUGUAACUCGGUAUCGUUUUCUACAUCUGCUGAGCAUUAGGGUAAAGAUGGAGAUUUCCUAAUCUGUGUGGAGAAAUCUGCUAGUGCAAAUAAGAGAGAAUGGAAAGGGAUCAACCAAUUUGGUUGCAGACCACAUCUCUAGCACCUGCCAGAUUUCACUUUAAAUAAAUAUAUAGGUCAGUGAGGCUACUUUUGAGAAGGAUAUCAAUGGAUGUUUUUCUCUAGCACCAUUCCAUCUGAAGAUGCAUUCUAGAGGGCUGAUAAAGUAACUUAACUACACCUUAAGUGAAACUGAGUUCAGCCUGUGAAGGAACAUGCCCAACUGGAAAAGUAGUUGCAGCUUGGGGUUUUUUUUGUCACUGUUCCUGUUUGUUUAAAAUUGCAGGCUGCUAACACAGUUGUGUGUUAGGCUGAAAUAUUGCCUACAGGGUAGAUCUUAACGAAAGGCUGAAUGUUUAAGGAAGGGAAAUCCAAAUUCCUAUUCAAACUCACUGAAUCCAUUACAGGAAGCUGAGACUGUCCUCCCUUGUAGGAAAUUUUAGAAGAAAUUAGAGUAGAACUGGGGAAGAAAUUUUUAGGAAGGCCAGUAGAUCGAUGCCUUUUUUUUUUUUUUUGGUCUUUUUAAUGUUAAUACAUGGUAGAUGUAAAUAUAUAAAUUUUAAACAAUUAUUUAAGAAUGAGUCCUGAUUUUGACUUCAAUGUGACAAUGAACAACUUUUCAUUGCAAUUAUGUAUAAAUUUUUCUCAACUUAUGGUUCAGAAUGAAGGUUUGUUUUUUAAAGAAUGUGAUACAGUAGUGGCUGCUCUGUACAUUAUUAUUGUGCAAUAUUCAAUCAAUGCUGUGGAAUUAAUCCUAGUGCAUAAUAAAAUAUAGGUUGGAA